GCUCAGCAAUCACUUUCCAUUAUCAUGCCCAAUUGAAUGUAGCUGCUUAAGGUCCAUGUAAUCAAUUUUGUUGCAUUAUCAUACUUGUGCCUUUAUCCUGUUCCUCCUGACACAAAUCACAGCAGUAGCAAAAGUUGUCUGUUAAUUAAUGAUAAGAGGUUUUAUAGUGCAGUAGUAGUUUUUCUUGCUGUGUAUUUUACAACACAGCAUUUGACAGCCUGGUCUAGGAGGACGCACAAUGACGGAACUCAACAAAGUGCAGCUCAAAAAUGUACCCUACACCCACGGAAAUGGUGUGGACAACCCGGCUUUUAAAAUAGAGGUGGACAACAUUUCUGAUACUAACAGCAUCAAAAGUGAGACUAAAAAGACUAAGAAGGGACUGGGAUCAUACUUCAGCAAUGUUACAAAGCCCCUUAAUGCCACAGAGGAUUACGUCAAGGUUCACUCAAAAACCUUCAAAAAUGUCGUGCUGGCCAUACUUGGAGCAGGUUAUGUGGCAUACUUCAUCACAGCCUGGGUUAUGGAUUUCCAAAGGGCCACCGCUCUUGUAGUCCUUACCAGUUUGGCUGUUCUGUCCAAAUCGUAUGAUCUCCUGAAGGAGUACAAAGGAGAAAGCAUCAUCAGGUGUUUCAGACCCGCAAUUAGAUGCUUUCAAUCUAAUUUGAAAUGGAUGAAAUGGGUUUUCAUCUUACUGAUUGUGGUUCUGCUUGUGGUGUGGCUGGUCUUAGACACAAGCAAACGUCCUGAGCAGCUUAUCUCAUUUGGAGGUGUGCUCAUGUUUGUCCUGCUUAUAUUCCUGUUGUCAGCACACAGGACUGCUGUAUCUUGGAGACCUGUGUUUUGGGGUCUUGGAUUGCAGUUCUGCAUCGGCCUUUUCGUAAUAAGAACACAACCUGGACUGAUAGCUUUCAAUUGGCUCGGAGAUCAAGUGAAGAUAUUCCUUAACUAUGCCAAAGAAGGCUCAUCCUUUGUCUUUGGGGAUCGCCUCCAAGACAUCUUUGCCUUUCAAGCUUUGCCCAUCGUUAUCUUCUUCAGCUCUGUGAUGUCCGUGCUUUACUUCUUGGGGUUCAUGCAGUGGCUUAUCUUGAAGAUCUCAUGGGUUAUGCAGAUAACGAUGGGAACCUCUCCCACAGAGACCUUGAGUGUUGCAGGGAAUAUAUUUGUUGGGCAGACUGAGGCUCCGCUGUUGAUUCGCCCUUAUUUGAAGGACAUGACCAAAUCUGAAAUCCAUGCUGUUUUGGUUGGUGGAUUCGCCACCAUUGCAGGCAGUGUCAUGGGAGCAUUCAUCACAUUUGGGAUUGAUGCCUCUUCCUUGAUAUCAGCCUCUGUGAUGGCUGCUCCCUGUGCCUUGGCCAUCUCCAAGCUGUCUUACCCAGAGACAGAGGAGAGUGCCUUCAAGUCUGACCAAAGUAUUAAAGUGGAUUGCGGAGAUGAACAGAACAUUUUGGAAGCUGCCAGCAGCGGAGCAUCUGCUUCAAUAGGUCUUGUAGCUAACAUUGCUGCAAAUCUGAUCGCGUUCCUUGCCAUCCUGGCAUUCAUAAAUGAAGCUUUUAGCUGGUUCGGAAGUAUGGUGGGAUAUCCUGAACUCACAUUUCAGCUGAUUUGUUCGUACGUCUUCAUGCCUGUGGCCUUUAUGAUGGGGAUACCAUACGAGGACAGUUUCAUUGUGGCUGAGCUAAUCGGCACGAAGCUCUUCCUCAAUGAGUUUGUUGCUUUUGAGAAGUUAUCUGAAUUGAAACUCAACAGACUCGCUGGUGUUGAUGAAGUUAUUGGUGGUUUAAAACAAUGGAUUUCUGUCCGAUCAGAAAUUAUCACCACUUAUGCUCUUUGUGGGUUUGCCAACCUCAGCUCUCUGGGUAUUGUGAUUGGAGGCCUAGCGUCCAUAUGCCCAUCCAGAAGAGGCGACGUCUCGUCCAUGGUGUUGAGAGCUAUGAUCACUGGGACUUGUGUAUCUCUCAUAAAUGCUUGCAUCGCAGGGAUCCUCUUUGUUCCUCCACUUGACUGUGUCGGGCUGUUUGCGAAAGCUGCUUUCAAUGCCUCAGAUUUAAACAUGGAAACUUGCUGCCAAGACCUCUUUCACAACACUGAUGUUGCACACAAUGGGAACAUCUCAUUUGAAGGAUCUUGGAACAACGUAGUAAAUGUCACUUCGUUUCUCUCUAACUGUUGUACCUGUUGUGGUCUUUCUCAAGCAGCUUGUGUGUAGAGGAGACAAAUACACGACACUGUCUGUUUUAUACUGUAAUUUCACUGUAAUUUGUACAUUUGUGUCACUGUUCAUGUAAAAAUUUAAAGCUUAUAUCCAUGUCUUUUGAAGGUGAAUGUAACUGUCUUGUAUUUUGCUAUAAAUUUAUUUGGGUUCUGACUUUUUUCAAAGUCAAAAAGAUUUAAAGGACAUACCUUAAAGGUCACACAUUAUUCUCCAUUUCAACCAGCUCCCCAAAACAUGUCUGUGAAGUUUCUUGCUCAAAAUCCACUCUGAUCCUGUAUUUUAUCAUGCCCAAGCUUUAAAUGCAAGUGAGCUGUGUUUGACCAGCUCCCCUCUGAAAGAGCUUGGGGGCCUCAGACUUUCUCUCCAUUCCCUUUUUAUUUAUGGUGAGAAGGCAGAACAAACACCAAGCUGUGGAUGUCAGCCACCGGGGGGGGGAGGAGUUACUGCCCUUUGUGAUGUCACAAAAUGUCCAAAAGGCCUGUUUGAGCACACAUUUUCUAUAAAGUGGAGCAGGGAAUUAACAGAGAGGAUGGACUUUUGUCAUGUAGGGGGUUUGUAGACAGACAAGGGUCACCUAUACUGUAAGUGUUAGAAAAACAUGGUUAAGUGUAUUUUGCAUAAUAUGUGACCUUUAAGACAUGUUUACCUCAGGAAAUACUCAGGCACCAACAGUUUGAUGAAAGUAAAUAUUUCAAAUAGAUUAUCUUUGGUAAUUUUCUUUUUCUUUUUCUGUGAAAUAAUUUUAACAUUGUUUUUGUUUAUUGUAUUUUUGUGCUUUUCAUUUUGUAUUUUUGAUAUGUUUGAUUUUAUUUGAUAUGUCUGUCUAUUUGAUUUAAUCAAUCACUCAAUCACACCCAAAUCCUAUGGGGGGGAUAUAUGUGACCUAUACAUAUAUACAUGUAAAAAAAAAAAAAAAAAA